AUGGCGCGCCGUGAAUCUCUCUCAGAGAUUCGCGCCGCCAACCCGGAUUUAGGCCUUAGCGGCAACAUCAUCUCUGUCGCAUUCAACAUCCCCUACUCCUUCACCUACCGCAAGGGAGGCGAUUGGGUCCUGAGACCCCGCCGAGGCCAAUCCGCGCUUUUCGACUCCUUUGCCUACCUUUCUUCCAAUGCCACGCCGUGGAAUCACACUCUUGUGGCCUGGACCGGCGAGAUAGACUCUCCUCAGGAGACGCCUGUUUCUUCCGCCGCAUCCUUUGGGCAGACGCCGAGCAGCAAUCUAUCUGGGCAGACGACCGUGGGCAUCUCCUCCCUGAAUGCUCUCUCAGCUCCUGUUCCAGUUGAUGGUACUACGCGGCUUCCUACGCCACCGCCCCUUGACGGCCUUUGGCUGCCGAAAGCCGACCAAGCCAAACUGGAGUAUGCCCUUUCUCACAGCAAAACCAUUCGGACAGUGCCAGUAUGGCUCUCGGACGAGGCGGACGAUUCCGAGGAUGGCGUCGUGUUGAAGGACCAGUCAAGGUGGCGGCGGUACGCACACCAUGAUCUAUAUUCCUUGUUCCACUACAAACAACACGAACCUACGGAUGGUCGCAAGGAGCGCAUCCAGUGGGCAGAUUAUUAUCGCAUGAACCAGAAAUUUGCGAAUAAAAUCAUUGAAAUCUACAAGCCCGGCGACAUUGUUAUAGUCCACGACUUUUACCUGAUGCUUCUCCCCAGCAUGUUGCGCCAACGGAACCAGAACAUGUACAUAUCAUUCUUCCUACACUCUCCGUUCCCUAGCAGUGAGUUCCUGCGGUGCCUCCCGCGGCGAAAGGAGGUGUUGGAAGGAGUUCUCGGAGCCAACUUGGUAGGGUUCCAGUCGUACAGCUACUCGCGGCAUUUUUUGAGCUGCUGCACCCGCAUUCUUGGGUUUCCCUCUGAUACCCUUGGCAUCGAUGCCUACGGGACUAGGGUUCAGGUAGGCGUCUUUCCUAUAGGCAUUGACGCUGCCAAGGUGGAGACGCACGCGUGGGCUGAUUCCGUGAAUGAGAAAUAUGAUGCUUUGAAGAAGAUGUAUGCUGGGAAAAAGAUCAUUGUUGGCCGUGAUAGGCUCGACAGUGUCCGUGGUGUGGCACAGAAGCUUCAAGCAUUUGAGCGGUUCCUUGAAGUGUACCCUGAGUGGAGAGAAAAGGUGGUUUUGAUCCAGGUCACUUCUCCAACCACGGUAGAGGCCGAAAAGGACGAUGACGAGAGCAAGAUUGCUACAAGAGUGAACGAACUGGUCAUGAAGAUCAACGGGGAGUUUGGCAGCUUGGGAUUCUCUCCUGUGCAGCAUUACCCACAAUACUUGGACCAAGACGAGUACUUUGCUCUACUCAGAGCCGGCGACAUUGGUUUAAUCACUUCUGUCCGAGACGGUAUGAACACGACGAGUUUAGAGUACAUUGUCUGCCAAAGACAGGGCAACGGGCCGCUCAUCCUCUCAGAGUUCAGCGGGACCGCGGGAAGUCUCAGUGACGCAAUUCACAUCAACCCCUGGGACUUGACUGGUGUUGCGGAAAAGAUCAAUAGUGCGCUUACAAUGUCGGAUGGCGAGCGAAGCGGAAUGCAGUCUCGCUUGUACAAGCACGUGACGACAUACAAUGUGCAAGCGUGGAUUAACAAGUUUAUUCGCAAGGUGUACAAUGUGCUGGGCGAAACCAACACGGCCAAUGCGACGCCUCUUCUUGACCGUGCGGUCUUAUUGUCCAAGUACAGAUCGGCGGGCAAACGACUAUUCAUGUUCGAUUACGACGGUACGUUGACGCCAAUCGUCCGAGAGCCCAGCGCGGCGAUUCCGUCUGAACGCAUCAUCCAAUCCCUCAAGCGCCUCGCCGGUGACCCCAAGAAUGCGGUAUGGAUUAUUUCUGGUCGAGACCAGGAGUUCCUCGGGCAGCACCUGGGCCACAUUUCGCAACUUGGAUUUUCGGCCGAACAUGGCAGUUUUAUGAGGGAUCCCGGGUCAGAGGAGUGGAUUAACCUGGCGGAGAAGUUUGACAUGGGAUGGCAGGUCGAGGCUAUGGAGGUGUUUCAGAAAUACACCGACAGAGUCCCUGGGUCAUUCAUCGAGCGGAAGCGAUGCGCACUUACAUGGCACUACAGACUUGCAGAUCCAGAGCAGGGUGUGCACAUGGCGCGAGAAUGCCACAAGGAACUUGAAAGUACGGUGGGCACCAAAUGGGAUGUUGAAGUCAUGCCAGGCAAGGCAAACGUGGAAGUCCGGCCCACCUUCAUCAACAAGGGCGAGAUCGCCAAGCGGCUCAUCGCGACGUAUCACAACCCAGAGCGUGCACCGUCAGAACUCGACCCCAACCCAGGGCGUGUUGAGUUUGCGCUCUGCAUGGGCGACGACUUUACGGACGAGGACAUGUUCCGCAGCUUAAACGGGGCCACUGGCGAGGUGUUGCAUCCAGACCACGUCUUUACUGUGACAGUGGGGGCGAGCACAAAGGUGACGCUGGCCAAGUGGCACCUGCUUGAGCCUGAAGACGUGAUUGAAUGUGUGGCGUUGCUCGCAGGCGUUGGGGAUGCAUCGGCCCUGAAGCAAAUGGGCGAGGUUAACCUGGCUGCGCUGAGCACUGUAGAGGGACAUAUUCCCCCUUCGGAGAAGGCGAGCAUUCUGAACUGA